CCAUCACAGUCACUCUCUAAUCAACAUCUAUCAUCAUUUUCAAAUGAUUGUGUAUGUUUUGUGCUGGGUUUUCUUUCUUUGCUACUCUCUUUUGUCUGGGUGUUUCUGUAUCAAAAUUAUUGCUCCUCAUUACUUGGCUUUUUGGCUCAAUUCAAAGUUCAUAGCUUUUUGUUUUGUCUAGUGGGAUAAAUUAGGUUUUGAUUCUUUUUGUUUAGAUCCUGAUGUGAUGGGGUGGGUUGGUAUACCUUUAAUUUAGUGGUAGUCAUUUUGUUUUUUUUUUCAUGAAUUUAUUUAGAGAAUCUGUAUAAACUAGCAAGCUUUAAUGAUUAACUCAUCUUGAGUGAAAGGAAUUUGCAAGUUCUUUCUAUUCUAAUUGAUUUGCUGCUAAUCUGCAGUUUUGUUCAUUAAGAUUUUAUGUUUUUUUGUUAGUGGUUUAUGUUGUUAGAUGAAGGUAUUUUUUAGUGUUCUGGUUGGAUAAUGUGCAGAAAGCUACCUGGUUGGUGGAACAAGAAGGAAGAAGAUUGGUGAAUGGGAGGGAUGUCUUCAAGCUUUCUUAUUAUAGUGUAAGCUAGACCAGCCUGUUAACUCACUAAAAGUUCUGUUUGCUAGACCAAUUAAUCUCUUGUUGGAUUUAGGGUGCUAAAAAGCUUUAAUCUUUGAGGUUCUGUUGGAUUUCUUGAAAUCAGCCUUAGAAAAAAGUGUCUGUAUAUUACUGCACUCGAGAAUUUUGUUUGCAUCUAUUGCUCGUGGCUUUAAAUCUUUCUUCAGGUUUGUGAAUUGCAGGCAGGCGGCUCUUUAACAUUAGUUGCUAAUCUCAAGUGCUGCUGAAAUGGCUGGUUUUGGUGACCAUAUGCCAAUAAUGGGAGAUUGGGUGCCUCCUAGUCCAAGUCCGAGGGCAUUUUUCUCUUCAUUUUUGGGCGAUGAUGAUGUUGGGUCAAGAUCAAAUGCCGAGCCUACCAGUGAAAAUAAAAGUCAGCCCCUCCUUCCAGAUCCUAAAGAGUAUGCGAAUUCAGAUAGUAAAAAUGGGGCGCAAGGUGAUCAAACAGCUAAAUUAAGUUCACUAUCUGAGCGGAAUAAUAUGAACUCUCAUGGAGGUCUGUUGGAAAGAAUGGCAGCUAGAGCUGGAUUCAGUAUCCCAAAGCUGAAAACGGAUAGCAUUCGACCUCCUGCUCUUGUUCAGAACCAAGAACUUAGGUCUCCUUACUUCACAAUUCCACCGGGUCUUAGUCCAACAACCUUGCUAGAUUCCCCCGUUUUCCUCUCCAAUUCUCUGGUCCAAUCAUCUCCAACAACUGGAAAAUUUGCAUUUCCCUUAAUUGGUGACAGUCUAAACUCAGCAUUGUUUAUGGGGGCUUCUGAUAACAACAAUGGCACCUCAUCCUUUGCUUUCAAGCCAGUUAUAGAAACUGAAACUGGUCCUUCCCUUUUUCCCGAGACAAUUGGCAAAGUACCUCCAUCCAGUCUAUCUUGGCAACCCGUUCCAGGUAUUGAGGUUUCAGUCCAUUCUGAGAAGAACCCUCUUGUGCAUCAACGGGUUGAGCCUACACUGGUUCACACUCAGAGUGGAACUGUGUUCUCAAGAUCAUAUACUGAAGGGGGUAGUAAUAUCACAUCGGAGCCAAGGACCUUUCAAACAGUUGCUGGCAGUAUGGAGCAAUCUCCUCCACCCGAUGAGCAGCAGGAUGAGGAUAUAGAUCAACGAGGAGGCGGUGAUCCCAAUGCUGUUGGUGCUCCUGCUGAUGAUGAUGGAUAUAACUGGAGAAAAUACGGGCAGAAACAGGUCAAAGGAAGUGAGUAUCCACGGAGUUACUACAAAUGCACACAUCCAAAUUGCCCAGUCAAGAAGAAAGUGGAGCGGUCCCAUGAGGGUCAUAUUACAGAGAUUAUCUACAAGGGAGCUCACAACCACCAAAAACCUCCACCUAAUCGCAGGGCAGCUUUUGGAUCUGAAAAUGCUGAACAAGAUGGAACUAUUGGCAUUGGUGAUCCUACUUGGGAAAAUGUGCAAAAUGGAUCUGGUGCUCGAGCUCCUGAUUGGGGUAAUGACAAUCUUGAGGUAACAUCUUCAGGACCUUUAGGAUCUGAAUACUGCAAUGGAUCUGCCACCUUACAGGCUCAGCAUGGCACUCAGUUUGAAUCUAGGGAUCCAGUGGAGGGGUCUUCUCCUUUUUCAAAUGAAGAAGAUGAAGAUGAUCGUGGAACACAUGGCAGCGUAUCAAUAGGUUACGAGGGUGAAGGAGAUGAGUAUGACUCAAAGAGAAGGAAGAUUGAAACUUAUGCAACUGACAUGAGUGGGGCCACCAGAGCCAUUAGGGAACCCAGGGUGGUGGUGCAGACUACCAGUGAGGUUGACAUACUUGACGAUGGGUAUCGCUGGCGCAAGUAUGGGCAAAAAGUCGUCAAAGGGAAUCCAAAUCCAAGGAGUUACUACAAGUGCACGAGUGCUGGCUGCACUGUUAGGAAGCACGUGGAGAGAGCUUCACAUGAUCUGAAGUCGGUGAUUACCACCUAUGAAGGAAAACACAACCAUGAUGUUCCUGCAGCUCGCAACAGCACUCAUCCUAAUUCAGGGGCUUCCAGCAAUCUGCCCUCACAAACGACUGCUACUCAAGGUCACGUGCAUAGGCCUGAGCCUUCUCAGCUUCAGAACACCAUGUCACAGUUUGCUAGGCCUCCUUCACUGGGCUCAUUUGGGUUUCCUGGUGGGCCACAGCUCGCCCACACCCUAGGCUUUGGUUUCGGGAUGAACCAGCAAGGCCUUGCCAAUCUGGCAAUGGCUGGAUUAGGACCUAACCAAGGCAAAUUUCCAGUUCCUCAAGUUCAUUCUUAUCUUGGACAACAACGCUCAAUGAAUGACAUGCGACCCAAAGCAGAACCCAAGAUGGAGCCUGGCUCAGAUCCUGGCAUGAAUCUCUCUAGUGACUCCUCUGUCUAUCAACAAUUCACCAGUAGACUGCCUCUUGGACCUCAAAUGUAAAUUUUACUAAUCUUCGCCCUCAUACAGUUUUUUUUUUUUUUUUUUUUUUUUUUUAAUGUAGUAGUAGAAACCUUAGACAGCUUAUUUUAUUGCAUCAUAUAUUUCAUUCUUUGUUAUUCUUUUGAUACUCAAAAGUUGGUUUCUUUCU